CUUUUCGCUGUCCAUGAACAAUGGCGUUUAACGAACUCCCAAUAGACGCACUGAAGAAGAAAAUAGACGAUGUUAUGCACUUUCUUUCCAUAUCGUUGAGUAUCGCGAACGCGCACACUGUGGACUUUUACACGCGUGAUGUUUGGAGCACGUUCAUGUCUGUGAGCCCAGAUGAGGUGUUGUCUGCUGUCAGUUCAAUCCAUGAGCACAUGGGGGCGGUGGAGGAGGAGAAAGACACCACCUUUGGUUUCUGCAAUGUCACAAAGAAGUUGUUGGAUGUGUCAGCACUGCUGAUGACAGCAAAAGCACACUCACUGUCAGGUCUGGGGGUCUGUGUGCAACUGGAAGAGCUGCUGCAGAAUCUGAGACUGAUGACUGGAGACACUACAGCAGGAGAGACAUCAAGCAGAGUUGUUGUACCUGAUGAGUUCAUGAACUGUAAGAAGGCCCAUGAGGUGCAGGCAAUGUCAGAGGUCGUGGCUAGUUUGGCAAAAGUCUGCCAAGUUGAACAGGUGAUAGAUGUGGGCUCAGGGAAAGGUUACCUGUGCUCCUAUCUGUCCAUGCGGUUUAACCUGCAGGUGUUUGGCAUUGACUCCUCCAGCACCAACACACAUGGAGCUCAGGAGAGGAACAGGAAACUGAAGAAGUUCUCUAGAUCCUAUCAGAAACACAUCAGAGCCACUAGGAAUCAUGAAGCUCAACCUGUGGACACUGGAGAAUGGAGUAAAGAACAUAUUAACAACAGCGAAAACAGUGAUAGUAAAGAACAAGGGUCCAAGAACUGCGUUAUGAAAGAAACUGGAAAAUCUAUGGUUUCAGAUGAGCCCUGUGCUUUACCAGAACAAGUCACCAGUGUAUUAUCCCCUUCUGAUAAGAUAAGAGAAUGUACAAUAGACCCAAAUGAUUUUGAUGCAGGAAGCAGCUUCCUCAGUAUGCUGUCGAUGGAUGUCAUUGAGGACACCUCACCCCGUGUCCACCCCAGCCAGCUGAGUCUGGAGGAGAGAGAGAAGAGGAAGAGAGAGAAUCUGGAGAGGAAAUCUCGAGAAGGGAGGGAAAAUGUUGGCGACGGCAGUCUGUAUUCCCCUCUGACCUCAUAUGUCACUGCAGAAACUGAACUCAAGAUGCUUAUCACAGAGCUAGAGGAUGCAGUUCUGGUUGGCCUCCAUACGUGUGGCGAUCUGGCCCCCAGCACUCUGCGAAUGUUCAGGGCCAAGCAGGAGCUGCGGGCGGUUUGCAGUGUGGGCUGCUGCUACCACCUGCUCUCUGAAGAGUUUGAUCAGGACAGACAGGAGUGUGUAAAUGGAGUGUGUGGCUUUCCUAUGAGUCAGUAUCUGAGGGAUCAGGCCUGUUUCUGUGGUCGAAAUGCCAGGAUGUCAGCAUGUCUCGCCCUAGAGAGGGUGUCUGCUGGAGGAGGGCUGCCUAUGGAGUCACUGUUUUAUAGGGCAGUUCUCCAUGUCAUUUUACGGGAUCACUAUGAUGGCUUUAAAAGUGAGAAACGUGUUGGGAAUGUCUACUCCAAAGCCUCGUCGUUUGUGGACUAUGUCAGACGAGCACUUAGGAAGCUGGAUCUGGAUGAGUCUAAACUAUCUGAAAGUGUCAUUCAGAGCUAUCAUGAGCGCUAUAGUCCCAGGAUGAAUGAAAUGGUGGCUUUUAACAUGUUGAAAGUAUCUUUGGCUCCAUGUAUAGAGGGUCUCGUCCUUCUGGAUCGGCUUUGCUACUUGAAAGAGCAGGGGAAUGUUUCUCAUUCUGCACUUGUUCAGCUCUUCGACCCGCUCCAGUCCCCUAGAUGUUAUGCCAUUGUUGGAAUAAAGGAAUCAACAGUUGCUUGAUGUCCAUAGCUGUUAUGCCAAUUUAAUGUCCUUUAUUUUUUACAUUUAAUUUAUUGUUUUGAUUUUGCCGUAUACUUUUAAGUAUUCAAUGUUUUCACAUUUUUAAUUCCAGAGUAAACUGGUGAAUAUUUACAUGUAUCUAUUCACUCAAAAAGUACUUUAAAAAAAAAUUAAACCAUAUUUUGUAAAAAUGGAUUCUUAAAUUGAUUCUAUGUAAAUUAAAAGUAGUUCUGAAUUCAUUCUAGCUACUCCAAACUUUAUUUGUACUUACCACACUUCUUUUGUCCCCUGUUUUGUUGCAUAAUGUCUGCAUUGCAGCUUAUAGCAGAAAGAUAUAUUUGUUCUUUAGGAUUGCUCUAGAACUCAGUGUAAUGCACAUAAUGUUGCUUUUAGUUUUCAUUAAUUUGACUGGUUUAUAAAACAGUAAUUUAAUGGGCCUAUGUUGUCAUUGGCUGAGCAGUUCAGUCACAUACAUUAAGUGUCCAUUAUAUAACAGACCAUUAAUAUUAAUCAGACUUUGACCACUUCAUUAUUUUCAGCCAUUACACACAGACCAUUCUCCUGUCCCAUGAGUUUUAGUUCAUAUUCAUACAUUAAACAAACACCUUGAGGUAUGUCAUUUUGACCUAAUUAAUUAUUCAGUGCGCCACUGUUUCAGGAACAUUUUCCCUGACAUGUAUUUGUGUAUUCAUUCUAUUUGCUACUCUUUUACUGGUACUGGUCUUUGUGUGUUUGAUUUUCUGUAUUUGAAAGAGGUGAUAUGUGCCUCAAAGCCAGACAGAACAAGAGAAAAUUCAAGGUCACUUAAUUGCACAUAAUUGUUCUAUUUUCUCACCUGUAUGGGACUAAAUUGCCUCCUGGAUUGAUGAUAUCUUUACAUGCUGGAAAUGAGCUGUUA